AUGAACCACUUUAUGGCCAAUCAGUCAAUUCCUGGAGCGGUUCUCGCGUUUAGCAUAAACGGCACAAAUGUGUGGACCGAAGGGUUUGGUUAUACGGAUGUCGAGAACGAUGUCAUCACUCAUAAGGACUCGAUCUGGCGUUUGGCCAGUAUUUCAAAGUCAUUGACUUCGGCACUGAUUGGACGGCUUAUGGACAAGAAGUUGAUUGAUCUCAACCACGAUAUCCACACAUAUUUAUCACCCGAUUUCUAUCCCUAUAAGACAUUCAACGGAUCUGCGGUUAAUAUAACCGUACGGCAAGUGAUGUCACAUUUGGCCGGACUUCAUAUGAGUGAAGUACCCGAUUAUUAUGACGUCUUUCGGGCAACAAAUGUGAGCCAAACUAUCGGUAAAUACAAAAACGAGAAGUUGUUAUCAAAACCCAACACAACAUUUGAUUAUUCAAACUAUGGCUACCAAUUGGUCAGCUCUAUCAUCGAAACAGUGCUUAACAGUACUUAUGAUAAAGAAAUUGAGAAAAUGUUUCGACAAUUGAAUAUGAAUUCAACAUUUGCUGAGAAAAGGGAAGCGCUUUAUAAACACAGACCGAAGUAUUAUUCCGAUUCAAAUGUAUUGCAAAUAACAGAUAUUGUCGACGAGUUGUGCUCAUACGAGGGCUGGUGGCCGGCGAUGGGUAUGAUAUCGACGGCCAGUGAUUUAAUAAGGUUUGGAAACGCCAUGAUAUCGGCUUAUAAGGGUAAAACGUCAGAUUUUUUAAGCGAGAAAACAGUGAAAGAGUUGUGGACUCCGGAGACUAUCGGCAAAAUUAAACCCGAAUGGUUUAACCCAAGAGAUGAAUAUGGCAAAGGAUGGUUUAUAAAACACAUUCCCGAUACCGAUCCUUACCCUUAUCGGACACUAAUGUGGCACUCGGGAGGAAUAUUGGGCACAACAACAAUGCUUACACUGUUUCCCGACCAGAAUAUAGUUGGCGUUGCCUUCACUAAUAAGGGCUAUGUUUUAGAUUUGGAUCAAAUCAUCCUAAAUGUGGCCAAAAACUUUAAACAAUUUCUAUAA